UGUUGUGCAAUAUAUUUACAAUAUUUUUUUUUGACCAAAUAAUUACCGUUAAUAUAAAACUUUAGUUAACUAUUAUUAACUAAUAUUAACUAUAAUUUCUACUAAUAUUAUUAGAUAUUUGCCGUUAUCUUAAUUAUUAAUUUAUCGCCGAUUUUGUUGACCACUGGACUGAUAAUGACUGAGACACUGGAGACCACUUCGGCCACAAAGCCUUGUUGUCAGUCAAAGGCCAAGAAGUUGAUGAAAAUCAGUGAAUUACCACUUUAUGGCAAUCCUUAUCCAAGAGCUGAACGAGUGAUUAUUGAUGAAGAAUUGGGUUAUAUUGAAAGUGGUGUCCAACAAGUUAGACAACAAUUGAAUCCAGUUGUGGACACAAUCACCAAAUCAAGUGAAAGAGCUGUCGAUAUACUGAAAACAUCUUACUAUCACUCGUUAUCAACUUAUGAAUAUAUCAGCGCCGAAGGCAACACAGUGGCCAAAGCGGCCGCAAUCACUACCGGCGGACUUCUGGGACUUUUGAUAUCGUCGCGCAGAGGCUUCUUCAAGAAAGUGUUUUAUACUACCGCUGGUCUAACGGCUGCGUCGGCCGCUUGCUAUCCGAAAGAGGCCAAAGAAUUGUCACAAAUUGGUCUGUUUAUUGUCAAAACAAAAGGUCCCGAAAUAGUCAAAGAAUAUACCGGUGUCGACUUAAGCCAAAAGACGAUGACGACGACAGCAGCGAUAUCGUCGAGUCCAACAAAAUCAGAGUCAAAGAAGAGCAUCGAUUAUGUGGGUCAAGAAGAUAACAAAAAUAAAUCACAAUCUUCACCUCAAAGUGCCAAUACAGGGGAAAAGGGGUCACCAGUUAAGGGAGAUUACGGAAUGGCACGCAAAGAGGAUCAGGACUUAUAUGCAAACAGAAGCACAAAAUGAAAAACAACAUUUUAAGGCUUUUAUUUUUAGUUUACCGUAAUUUAAAAUACAUUGUUAACAAUUAAUAAAUCUAUAGUUAUCUAUAGUACACAUCCUAACUAGUAAUUAAAAAAUAAUAAUAAUAAUAAUAAUAA